CGGUUGUUGUCCAGCAGAUGGCGGUGUGGCGGUGUUCCGCUGUUAGCCGAGCGUCAUUCAUCAGCAGCAGAAGAAAUAACCGCUUUCGCGCUUUCGUUUUUACAGCUAGAGCUGUAAAUAGAGAAUUAAACAUUAUUAACAGGGAUCGAUCGCUAUGUCUCAGAAGAAGAAAGCAGUUUCAGCUUCUCAGAACAAAACUCAGAGGCGCUCUCAGGUGUGUCUGGAUGAGGAUGACGAAGAUGCUCAUUUCAGCCAGAUAACAUCAUCACAGGUCCAGAGAGCCCGAGAGCACUUCACGCCUGUCCAGAUCGACCGCAAGGUGGCAGAGGUGGUCCAGUUCAUCUUAAUUAAAGACCAAAAAAAAAUACCCAUUCGAAGAGCAGAUAUUGGCAAACAUGUGAUAAAGGAAUACAAAGGCAUCUAUACAGAAAUCAUGAACAGAGUUUGCCGCACAUUUGAGCAGGUGUUUGGAUUACAGCUGGUGGAGAUUGAUCCCAAAAAUCAUAUUUAUAUCCUGAUCAAUAAGCUGGAGCCCAUUCAUGGAGAGCCAGUGAGCAUGCGUCCUGGAAACCCAAAGACAGGCCUGCUGUUUGUCAUUCUGAGUGUCAUCUUCAUGAAGGGCGGUGUCAUUAAAGAGAAUCUGGUAUGGAAUACACUCAAGAAGCUGCGGGUGGAUCCAGGGGAAAAGCAUGACGAGUUUGGUGAUGUAAAGAAGGUGGUCACAGAUGAAUUUGUACGGCAGAAAUAUUUAGAGUAUGUGAAGAUCCCUCACACAGAGCCAGUGGAGUAUGAGUUUCGCUGGGGUCUGCGGGCAGAGAAGGAAGUGUCCAAACUCAAGCUACUGGAGUUUGUUGGAGAGCUUUUUGGUCAGGAUCCUCAGAGCUGGACACAGCAGUUCAGAGAGGCCAGUACCGCUGAGACCAGCAGCCAGAGAACAUGAACCUGGUGAUGUGCAUUUAUUAGCCAUAUUUAAAUAGACCUCCUUAAACCCUGAACUGAGGUUCAGUGUUCAAACAAUAACAUGCUUUGAUACUGAAGAGUUUUUUGGAGUUCCACUGUUUUGUCUAAGUAUAUUUUAGACUUGUAAUAGACUUGUUUGUAAAUAAAGUUAUUGUACAAUUCUGUUGUUGACAUUGUUCACUUACAGAAGUAUGCUAUGGUGUAGAAGUAAUGUGGCCAAAAAGUAUGUGGACACCCCCUUAUAAUUAACAAGUUUGACUAUUCCAGACAUUUCUGUGAGGACAAAUCUAUGCUUUAAAUUGAAAUAGUAUUCUAAA